AUGCUUGAAGCAUGGAACUCAAUUUACCAUGACUUUCAUCAAAUAACAGAUGAAAGUAUAACUUCAUGUGGAAUGAGAAUAUUUAAUAAACUAAUGUACAAUGCCAUUUGGCCCAACCUGAUGGUAUCAGAAUACCUGAUACUGGUGAACGGCAAGGUUGAUAAAGAUGACAGUGUUGACGCAUUAGUUUACGUGGAUGCCAGGCCUGGUCUACCAGACAGAGCAGAGUAUCUAGAUCAUACAAUCAGAGUUGCAUUCAAUGUUUUGAGACUGUGUGCAAUAGAAGAUCUUGCCGUAUCAAUGAAAUUGGGUCAUCUUUGGAGCCCUGAAGUGAGCUCAUCUCUAAUGUGGUUUAUGAAAAGAUGGUAUCGUACUUAUUUAUUAAUACCUCUUGACAACUAUUUCAAUGAAGUUGGUUAUGUAUUUUGGUCUUGUUUAGAGAAAGAUAGUGAUUGUACCCAAAUACAAAUAGAGUUUAUCAUAAACAAAAUUGCAGCUAAUUUAUACAAUUUCCAAUCAGAACCAGUAGUUUUGAAAGAUACAGUUGCAGUUUUUAGUGAUGCAAUUUGUACGAAGCGAAAGGUUCCGUAUAUAAUAAAAACAGAAGCAAUGGCCAAGCUGAUAAGUCUAGCGGAAAACCUACAGCCUGGAAGUUUACCCUCAGAGGUUUUAAGGGGUCUUUACAAGGGUUUUGUUUCAGCUGGGGUAUAUAUAACAAGCUCUUCAGAGAAAAAUAAGUAUUAUGAAACUAUAUUAAAUCCAUUGAGAUUACGAUUCAAAAACAUUAUUACACAAGAAAAUUUUGCCAAGGUGUGUCAAGAUGAUCAAGUACAAAAGAUCGUGAUUGAUUUACUCGAAUGCCUUAUAGGCAUAGCUAAGGGUUCCCAAAUGGCGUCAGUGGAUACUUUGUUUGACUUUCUUUCCCCUAUUUUGGCAGAACUUCCAGUAUUUCUAACAUUUUACAAAGACUAUCAAGUUAUAGUACAAUUAAUUUUAGAGUUAUUUGGACAGUGCGCUAAAUAUAUGUUGUGCUAUCUACGGCCUCUGGACAGUAAAAAAUUAUAUGAAAGUUCCUUGGCUACAGUACAGGCAUAUGCAAAAUGCAACGGAAACAGACUUUCAACUGAAACGUUUGCGGAAGAAAGCAGCUGUCAAGACUUAUCUUUAGUUCUAGAUGUCUUCACGUGUAUUUUAUCAAGAGACUGUAUUGAAUUGUUUCAAGCUACUAAUCAACGGGAGCUGGUGAGAGUUACAGCUGCAGACGUCGCUCUUUUUGGGCUGAAUUUCAUUAUGCCGUUAAUGACACUGGAACUUCUGAAAUUUCCGAACUUGUGUGCCCAGUUCUAUCAUCUUUGGUGCUCAUCAACGACAUUUAUCCCGAAAAGAUAG